AUGAAGUCAGUGGAGUUUGGUAGAAGUGCGUCGCACCGGGAAGCGGCGGAGGGCUGCCCCGGCAUGUGCGGCAUGUGUCCGUCGUGCGUCUUUGCGCCGACGCCACCCGCCUCCACUCGGUGUCUGUGGAAGGUGUCGGAUGAAUUCAAGAGGAGGUUCGUGGUGGAGCUGCUGUUGCGGUGCAGGAGCACCCGAGUGCUCGAGGGCAUCCACGGCGUGCUGUCCGUGGCCACGUCGGGGACUUUAUUCACGUACGCCCGGUCGAGGAGCCCCACCUCCCCGCGGGAUUACCCCCGCCGCGCUGCAGACCGGCCCCCGGACCAGAAACCACUCGGCAUGGACGUGAAUGAAAUCUGUCUCUGCUUCAACAGCAGCCCCGAAUGGCAACAAUCACGUUACCUGUGCCGUCUGUUUACCUUCUGCGACUGCGAGCUGUUACGCAUGGUGGCGAAUUUCACCAGCGUGCUCCUGGUCAGACAUAAACGAGGGUUUCUGCAAUUUAAUGUGAGUCGUGGCAGUACCAAUCGGAUAAGGUAUCAAGACUCGGAGGACCCUGCUCUUAUGGUGGUGCCCGGAUCCUCGAAAUCUGUAUCUGGAGUGAGCAAACACCGAGACUUCAUAGGCUGCCUACCGGUGGAUCUGUCAAAGAGGGUUUUAGGUCUGUUGGACGAGCGCACGUUGAGAUGCUGCCUGAAGGUUUGUCAGUGCUGGAAGCGUCUCGCCAAGGAAACCGUGGAGGAAAUCAAGUUCAGGGUUCUUUUUCAGAGUCAAAUUGAGGCAAUGAUGAAGAAGUGCACGAGUAUUAAUAAAGUCAGUCCUACUUACGCCAACAUCGUGGAAGUCCCCGUCCCCGUCAAGGACGAUGAGAAAGUGGAUGUUGGAGUCCAAAAGGUCAAGCCUUUCGAAGCCGCUUACGCCAAAAUCAAAACCAAGACGGUGCCGAUGGAAGAGCGAAAUGUGUACUGCGGUGCGUAUUUUAGCACGGUGCUGCUCGCCAAACAAGACCCCCAUCGGGUGGUGGACUUCAGAGGUGGACCGUUAAUGGCGACGGGCUCCAAGGACCGCGUGGCGCGUCUCCUCCACGUGGCGUCCGAGACAAAGGCCGUGGCGGCGCUGAGCGGCCAUCUCGGCAGCAUCCGGGCCGUGUUGCUCUGCGAGGACAGAGGCCUGCUGAUGACAGCGGGCUGCGAUGGGAGUAUCAGGUGUUGGAGUCUGCAGACUGACAAGUGUGAGAUGGUGCUGCACGGUCACUCCGGCACCAUCAACUGCCUCGAUGUCCACGCCGAUAGACUGGUCUCAGGAGCUAAAGACUGCAAGGUCAAAGUGUGGUGUCUGCAGACUGGGAAGGACUUUGAGGAUUUCCAGUUCAAGCACACCGAUCCUAUCCAGUGUGUGAGGAUAAACGCGAGCGCGGUGUACAGCAGCUGCAGUCGGGGCCUCGUCAGAGUUUGGGACAUGGAGAACGCGUCGCUGCUCAGGGAGAUCAACGCCCACGAGAACUCAGUGAAGUGCCUGUUUGUCGACGACCGGCACUUUUUGUCCGGGGACUCCGGCGGUCGGGUCAUGGCCUGGAGCGCCAGCUGUGACGCCGAGGAGUGUCUCAUGACCUUCAACCACCCGAAGGAGGUCAAAUCUCUGACUCUUGUUUACCUCCGCGUCAUCACCGGCUGUGUGGAUGGAAAGAUUCGCAUUUUUAAUUUCCUCACCGGAGAUUGUCUGAGGGACAUCCCGGCAGAGGCUCAAGCCGGCCAAAUCCUGUCCCUGCACUUCCACGACGAGCGGAUAUUAGUGAACGCCAGGUCCGGUGUGAAGCUCUACCAGUUCGCCAAAGUGUUCUGGGAUUACACGGAGCCGCCGGAGGGGAUCCGGGUCGGUUCGGCUCCCGAGAGACCGCUCAGAAAGCUUCCCGUCGUCUCUGAGCCGCUCCACCGCACCCGCUUCCUGUCGGCCCCCACGGCGUGCGGAGCACAAGCCAGAGAGCGCCGCGACACCCCGAAACCGUCGCUGAUGCUGAGCGAGAAGGCGACGAGUGAGCGGACGAAGAGGAGGGGGCUCCAUCGGCCCCUGACGCGCGACGCCAUCCUCCUCAGGGUCAACGCCGUCCAGAAGGCGCAGUGCAUGGACGAGGCCGCCGUCAACAUGGAGUGCAACGCCGGGCUGCGAGACUCCUGGGGCCCUCGCUCGGCACGGGACCCUCUGCAGAGGCGGAACCGGCAGGCCCGGACGUGGAGCGCUCACGACGUUCACCCACCGAGGGCCGAGACCUGCGUUCCGAUUUUGAAGAGAGCCGGCGGUCAGAAUGUGACCAGAAUGUGCACCGCGCCCGGCGCCGUGAAAACCGGCAUCAGCUUGCCCAGGAUCAGCCUAGUGGGUCCGUUAAGGGUAGGCGGAGGACUCACAGUGACCCAGCUGGAAGAUUGUCGGGUCAAGAGGGAUCUCGCUCGCGGCCGUGAGCACAAGCUGUCCGAGAGGAAUAAGAAGCCGGAGAAAACCUCGUGA